UCAAAAGUGAGUAUUUAUGAACACAGUCAUCAAUUUCGCAUUCAGUUUGACUGAAAUUGUGGAGAAUGGCGCAUCGUUUGAUAUUCUUGUCCCUUCUGUGUGGGCAUCUUUUGUAUUCAGGGAAUUGUUCAGCACCUAUUCAAAGUAGUGCCAAUGUAGCGCCAUUUCUCACCUAUCUUUGUGACGAUGAUUUAUUGAAGAGCGCGGUCAACAAGGUAGAGCAUUUGAGCUUGAAAUUGGAGAAUUAUAAUCUGCGUAUGCAAAGUGAAUUAAUGGCAAUGAAAGAGCAGCUUCUUCGUGAGGUGAAAACAAAUCUCGAAUUGUUAGAUUCGAAAAUUACAAUGAAGUGUAAUGAAGCCAGCAAAAAUGUGGUUGCAGCGCCCCCUCCAACUAAGAAACCAACCUCUUGUACCGAAGCGAUGGGUCAAGAAAACGGAAAAUAUGCAGAGAGUGGUGUUUAUGAACUUUACUUGCCGGACUUCCUUCAUCACGCCUUCCAUGUUUAUUGUCUACGUGAUCCCAAUGGCGGUGAACCAUGGACUAUAAUUCAACGUCGACAAAGCAACGACACCGACUUCUAUCGUGGGUGGUUCGAGUAUGAACACGGUUUCGGCGAUUUGAAUGCCAAUUUUUUCCUCGGCUUGGAUAAAAUACAUGCCCUGACGAAUUCGCAAACACAUGAGCUUUGGUUUGAAUUAGAAGAUUUUCAAAAUGAGAAACGUGUUGCUAAGUACGAGAGUUUCGCUAUAGGCAAUGCUCACGAUAAAUAUGAGUUAAGUGUGCUUGGACAAUAUUCAGGCACGGCCGGUGACUCGUUCACUACUCAUCGCGGCGAAAAAUUCACAACUAAAGAUAGUCAUAACGACAAAGAUGCUAGCAACUGCGCGGUGCAAUAUUCAGGAGCUUGGUGGUAUAAGAAAUGUCAUGCCAGGUAAAAUAACCGUUAUCUAGAUAUCAAGUUUCACGUAAGGUUCUCAUUUUAAUUUAUGUAUCACUUACAGCAAUCUUAACGGUUUAUAUUUAGGAGGAGAAUUUCCAAAAGAUCAGUUUGCCAAAGGUGUUGUGUGGCAAGCUUGGCGCGGAUAUUAUUACUCACUCAAAUAUGUACAUAUGGCUAUAAGACCAAAGCAUUAUUAUUGAAAUAUAUUUUUAGUAAAUGAAACUUGGUCAUAUACUGGA